AUUUCGAAGUAAAGUUGGUGUGAAAUAGAUCUCGAGUGCUGUCAAAAAAUCUGGAUCAGUGGCAAAAAGUGAUAGAUAUGGGGAAAGAAAACUGAAAUGUGUUAGAAAAAUAGGGUCAUAGAAUCCCAGUUUCAAAAUGGGAUCUAGAUUAAGAAACGAUGUAAAACACCUGCUCGAGUGCUUCUGUGAAAUAGUGAGCCCAGAAACAUCAAACAAACAGCCAUGGGUUGUUCAAAAGUUCCCUGAAAGUUUUAAAGAUGACGAAAUGUUAAAACAAGUUUCUCUGUUUGCAUUUCCUUGUGAUGUGCCAUGCAAUACAGUGCAACACUUUUCUUUUGUGCUGACAAGCCUUGAUUCAAAAUGGACUUUUGGAUUUUGUCGUCAGGCACCAGGAGCCCAGACAGCACUAGUUAUCAUCAGUUAUUUGCCUUGGCAUGAAUUUUUUUUUAAGAUUCUCAAUCAGAUUGCGGAGUUGAUGCAAGAACAAGCUGUGCCAGAUCUGAAUAGCUUUCUGGAAGGACUCUACCAAAGAGAUGUUCCAGCUCCAAGUACAACUCUUCAUAUCCCUUUCGGAAGGGCUCAUAGAGUGUAUACUUGCAAAUGUCCUAACACUUAUACUUUACCCAGCAUUCCAGAGAAUAGAAAUUUGACCGAAUAUUUCAACGCGGUGGACGCCCACAAUAUGAUGGUUAUUUUCGCCUCCAUGUUGCACGAGCGGCGUAUCGUCAUGGUUUCUUCCAGGAUAUCUCGACUUAGUGCUUGUAUUCAAGCGGCUAAUGCUGUGAUCUACCCAAUGAUCUGGCAGCACAUUUACAUUCCUGUUCUUCCUCCGCAUUUGAUGGAUUACCUACUUGCUCCAAUGCCGUACUUGUCAGGAGUCCCGACUAGCACGUGGGAGAGAGUUCGGAAGUCUGAGUUAGGUGAAUUGGUAGUCUUGGAUGUUGACACGAACCAUAUUGAAACCCCCUUCGACGAUUUGGAUCGCCUACCUCCAGAUAUAGUCAAUGGGAUGAGAAGACGAUUAAAAACGCCCGGGAACAUGAUGGGUGAUGGUGUUGCUCGAGUCUUCCUUCGAGCUCUUGUACAGCUUAUAGGAGGCUACCGUGACGCACUUCGCUUUCGACAAGGCGAACAGAUUACCUUUUGUCGAGAUGCUCUUGUUCAGUCUCGGCCUUUAGCUCUACGUCCCUUUCUAGAGUCAAUGCUACAACUACAGAUCUUUCAACAAUUUAUUGAAGAACGGCUUGAAAUGUUAAAUUCAGGACAAGGUUUUUCGGACGAAUUUGAAUUAGAGGCGUGCCUCUACUCUGAUAAAUCGAGUAGUCGCCUAAAGCAACAGUACAAGGAAUGGCUCACCACGAUGAAAAAAGAAAGUGGUGUUUUUUUUAAAAAGGCCAACCCGGCAAUGCGAAAUGCCGUCAAAACCGUCGGCCGGUUAGCUAAAGAAAAGAGCCGGACAGCUUAUAGAGAAGUGCGUUCAAAAUUCAAAGACAUGCAAAUACAUAGGGAAUUGGAGGGGGCUGCAUUUUCAACUGGAAACACUAAAUUGCGUGACAAACCUCGAUCUGCUCCAUCGUCUCCUAAAUUCGGCGUUAGCGACGUAUCAGCAAAUCAAAGAAGGACUGCUGUGUCUCCUGCAACGCUAAGUCAUCAACUUAAUUCGAACUUCUUAGAUCGAAAUCAUUCUCUACGGAGGUGUGAGACAUCGGUUAGCCAACAUUACCAUGUUAGCGGAUCCAGCCCAGGUUUUCCUACAGGAACUAACGGGGCAAGCUCUUCUAGUUCAGAAGAGAGUGGCACUGAAGAUGAGCUGCAAAUGACUCCUCUCAAUCUCAAUCUGAUGGACGACAUGAAAGAUAUUUUGGCAAGAACGGCCUCAACCGAAUCAACACCUCCGGCCAUAGAUCGUUCAAGGAAACCCAGUUUAUCCAGUCCUCCUAUUUCCCCUAUUGCCAAUCCCGUCCUCCGUCAAAAUAGUGCACCUAUCCUGAACGUUGGACCCUAUUCUGUUCAACCAAUUCCCUUGCCACCCCUUCGUUGUCGUAAACGUUCCGAGGCACAAAAGAGUCCGCUGUCUGGCAAGGGCAAUGCGCAGAUUGAUCUUAUUCGCUUGGACUCAGCAACUUCCCUUUCGCCAGUUGAUGAGUUUGACCCAUUGGGAGCUCCCCGAACGGAAUCAGAAACCGUACGAAUAACACAGUCUAAUCCGGUCUAUUCCUUCCACGUUCCCCGACAGGUCGCUGAGCCUCAAGUGCCAUCUGGAGCGAGCAGUGGUAAUGGUGGAGUGGUAAAUUUUAAAGGCUACACCAGCCGUUUUGAUACAGGGUCGGAUCCAUUUAGUAACCUGUUGGCGUUUACACGUACUAAUCUUGGGCCAACAGUCUCUGUACCCGACCCCGUCAAAACUAACGACUCUUCCGUGGGCGAUAAGUCUGCUUGGACAACAUUUGAUUAAAUAUAACAAUGUUGUCGUGGCCGUCAUCUGUAUACAUACAUAAAAAUUGAACAUCGUAUUUUCCUUCCCUGAUUAUAGGCACUCAAAUGUUUAAAUUUAUUUCGUUUUAACAAAUUACAUCGCUUUCUUCCUU